AUGGCGAAAGCGAGCCACUUCAUUACCGGCGGUGGAUUUUCAUGGACGCGUAAGCGACACGACCAAGGAGGUGUUUUCAUCAUGGAAAGAAUGUUGUCUUUAGCGGUUCUGCUCCUUGUCGCAUUAGUAAAUGGUCUAAGUCAGACGAAAACAGUUCCACACGAUUUCUGCUCGGAGUAUGAAGUGCUGCAUACAACACCACCUUGCUGUGAGGCAACCUGUGAUUAUGAUUGUUGUCGAGUCGUGUGCCCGAAAAUGCUCGUCUACGAACCGACCUGCGUGUGUCUGGAAGGAUACGUAAGACACAAUGGACAGUGUAUUCCCAAAUCGCAUUGUCCUGCCCAGACGACAGCGGCGCCAUCACCCUGUGAAACGACUACUGUUCGACCGUGUCAAACAACUACUCCUCCACCGCCCUGCACUACUACUACUCCUGCGCCCUGUACGACGACCAAACCUCCCUGUACGACUACUAAGCCACCCUGUCCUACUACUAAGCCUCCAUGCUCGUCUUCCAAGUUGCCAUACAUCCUAACAACUCCUAGAUCGUAUGGCUACACACCACCUGCCCGCUCGAAGUACUCUCCGGUUACGCACGUGCCUCCUCCACAACCACCUUCAUACCAAACAGUGUCCCCGUAUCGAUACUCUCCAGUUUCUUCUUCACGAGUUACACCCAUGGUCACUCAUUAUCAAACGGUACCAACCGUUCGACCCAAACCCUGCGCAACCACCAUGAAACCGCCUUGCACAACCACCCCACCGUGCACAACCAAAAAGGCUCCCUGUCCUACUAAACCUGCUCCAACGACUACACCCUGUCCACCACCGACCACAACUCCGCCGCUAACAACUGCACCCUGUUCUAAACCUCCAGAACCGUGUGCGGCCUGUGAGGAACUAGUCUUUGUGCGACCCUGCUGCGAACCAACGUGUGACUUUGACUGUUCAAACAGUGGCGCCUGUCCGCUGGUGCUGGUGGAACAGCCGACGUGUGCAUGCCGUCCGGGUUUGGUGCGCUAUCAGGGACACUGCAUAGAACCGUCCGCCUGUCCAAAGAGUGCGUCCCGCUAUCGGUUAUACGUUCCAGUUGCUGCACAAUGUCUCAAGUGUGGCAAAUAA